CAAACUUGUAAUUUUCCUCCAUCCAUUAUCACAUACAUAUAUCCAAAAUCCCAAUUGGACAUAGCGUACCAAUAUUGAAUUAAAUUGACCAAAUUGCCAAAUCUAAGUCAACUUUACCCCCAGAAAACUAAUAAUAAAAGAAAAAAAAAUUAAACUACCACACUUUCCAAGUUUCCAUUCAGGUUGGUCUCAAACAAACCAAAUUGGUAUCUCUGUUUCCAAGCAACUAAAAAAUGCCAAUUGAAAGAAAAAUUUCAACUACUAACUCAAAAGUAGCAAGCAACCCCAUGAGCUCCCAAUUCCUCUUUAGUCACAUUCAAGCUACUCCUUUCUCUGUGCUUUAAAUUCUUCCUUCACAAAACACCACAGCCCGCCAUGGAAAAACGCCGUCUCGGGUACACCUUAACCCUCUCCAUAGUUGUCUCGCUCGCGCUCGUCGCCUUUGUUUCGUGUAUAGCUGCAGAAUUACACAGAACAAAGAUCAAAGACCUCAAGUUGGAUGGGAAGCAGUGUUAUUUGCCAGAAAAUCGAGCAUUUGGAUAUGGAGUUGCAGCCUUGGUGUGUUUGGUUAUGGCUCAAGUUAUUGGGAAUAUUUUACUUUGCAGAAGUUUCAAGUUCAAUUCAAGAGAGAAAAAAUGCAGCAAUCAAUCUUCUAAAAGACCAAAUUUAGCCAUAAUUCUUCUGGUUGUUUCUUGGGCAAGCUUUACCGUGGUGAUCGUGUUGCUGAGCGCGGCGUCGAGUAUGAGCAGACGGCAGCCGUACGCGGCGGGCUGGUUAGGCGGCGAGUGCUACUUGGUGAAGGCCGGCGUAUUCGUCGCCUCUGCAAUUCUGAUCCUCGUCACGGUAGGCUCAACCGUUGGCUCCGCCGUAACAAUCUUGAGGAAGAGCCUUCAGAUCGACGAAUCCGGAAAAACUAGCGCACAGCCAAAAUGAGAGAGAGGGAAGAAGAUAAAAUAAAAGCGUCGGAACGGCGGCGGCCGGUGGCCGGUUGCCGGCGGCGUGAACGCCAUUGGAUGAGAGCUCCCCCGGUCGCCGUAUUCCUGUGGAUGGCGCCUCCCCAAGACGGGCCGCGAGAUCUCGAGUUCACAGUUUUAUUUUAUUUUAUUUUUUCAUAAUUGUAAAUCGGGGAAAAUGCACACGAAUUGGAUAAUGGAUAGUUUAUU